AUGUCCUCUGUACCAACCUCCGAAGGAAACCUUACGGAAACAGAAAAGAAGUUUCUGCAAGAUCAAUCCGAUAUUGAAAUAUACAAAGAACAAGAAAAUAUCCACAAGGAAGAUCCAGAAGACGAAUAUUUGAAAGUCAAGGAUCGAGAAGAUUCAUACAAUAUUAUUUACGAAUUUCUCAAACAAUUGAGUCCACAGACAGAAUUGUGGAGAAUAAGUGUUCCAGCAUAUAUUCUUCAACCAAUCUCAUUGUUAGAGAAAAUUUCUCACUACUCAUCUCCGAAUAAUACAAUUGAGAAGAUCAAUGAAGAACAAUCUCCAGAGAAGAGAUUUAUUUCAAUUUUGGCUUGGGUAAUUAGUAAACUAUUCCUCGUCAUGUUUAACGAGGAAUAUAUUGUAAAUCACCCUCCUGUUAGCGUCAGCAAUGUGUUGUGGGGAUCUACUGUCAUUGAGAUUUAUGACUAUCUCAAGAUUAAUUGUCCAAAAACUGGUUUCAAUGCUUCCAUUUAUUUUGACUAUGGAAAAGACAAUUACUUGAGUGGAUAUAUUUAUGAUGCGGAUGGUUACAAGAAACAUUGGAUUGAAGGAAAGGUGAAUCAAUCGGUUGAAAUUCAAGACUUAUCAACAAAGGAAAAGAAACUCUUGUACUCAGUAGAAACCUUAACUCGUCCACCAAAAACGAUUAGACCUGUUCAUGAACAAGAGCCAAGAGAAUCCAGAAGAAAUUGGCAUAAGGCUAUUUAUGCAUUGAAGAAGGAAGACUUUGAGGAGGCUCAACUUCAAAAACACCUGGUUGAGGAGAGAAAAGAGCGAUCAGAAAAGAAAGAGCUGAAGCUGGUAUUACAUGGACUCCAAAAUACUUUGUAUUGGAAGGUGAAAAACGAUGGGUUCUCAAGAGUUUGGAUUGUUUGA